AUGGCGAACCUCGGCAACACGUGCUUCGUAAACGCCGUGCUCCAGCUCCUGCUCGGAUGCCGGUCCUUUGUGCGGGACCUGGCCGGGGCCGCGGAGGGCGCGGCGGCGCUGGCAGGGGCCGGGCCGUCGGUGCUCGCCGCGAUGCGCACGUGCGCGGCGGAGCGGGUCGCUGACGAGGAGCGCGCAACGCAAGAGGAGUCCUCCGGCGGCUCGGGCGGCUCGUCGCUGUCGCAGCGCGGCCCCGUGUCGUCGGUGUCGCCCAACGUCGUCCUGCGCACCAUCGGGCAGCACUCGGCGGGCCUCUUCGCCUCCAACCGCCAGCACGACGCGCACGAGUUCAUGGUCACGCUGCUCGACGCCAUGCAGCAGGAGGCGCUCUCCCGCGAGGCCGCGCGCCUCGGGGCGCCCCGCGUCCCCGUCGUGAGCGCCGCGUGCCCCGUGACGACGGCGUUUAGCCUCUGCAUCGAGCACGUGAUGCGCUGCGGGGCCUGCGGGCACUCCGGGGCGGUCCGCGAGAGCACGACGCACGUCUCGAUCGACGUGACGGACCCGGAGGACCCCGUUUCGGGCCCGCAGAGCACCGCAAACCUCCUCGAAGCGCACUUCCGUCGGGAGAGCCUGGAGAAGGACUGCGACGGCUGCGGAAGGAAGGGGGUCGCGCACUCGGUCGAGCGACGCAUCGUGCGCAUGCCGCGGUACCUCAUCCUGCACCUGAAGCGGUUCCGCGUCGCGUUCUCGCCCCGCAGCGGCGCAGCGCACGUCGCCAAGGCCGGGGAGCCGGUGUGCGCGCGGCAGCGCAUUUCGAUCGCGGCGUGCUGCGCGCCGGACGCGGCGCCGCCGCUGGGGACGCAGGCGGCGGCCCGCGCGGCGGCGGCGUGCUCGGAGCCGGAGAAGGAGAACCUGUCCCCGCCGCGGCCUGUGCGCACCCGGCCGGGGUCGCGUGCGUCGCGGCGGGCGCAGGCGGAGGCGGACGCGGUGCUGCGGACGAUCAACGGGACGCCGCCGGGCGCGGAGGACGCGGACUGCGCCCGCGGGCGCGCGCUGACGGGCCCGGCGGGCGGCACGCGGUCCCACAGCGGCAGCCGGUCCGCGCGCACGCGGACGAGCGCGCGGCGCGGCGCUGGCCUGGCCGUGGAGUGCGAAGCGACGUCGCCGGGGCCGGCCGGCGGCGUGCCGGGCUGGGUGUCGGCGAUCGCGGCGCCGAACGACCACAACCAGGGCGCCGAGCGCGCCGGGCCGGGCGUGCCGAGCGGGGCGCGCGUGGAGGUCGAGGAGAACGCGCCGCCUGGGCUCCCGAUGGGCGCCGGCGACGCCGGGUACCGUCUUAGGGGGGUGGUGUCGCACCUCGGGUCUGACCUGCACGCGGGGCACUUCGUGGCGGACGUGCGGGUCGCGGGCGGCAGCGCGCCCGCGGCGUGGCACCGCUUCAACGACAGCCUGGUGUCGCGCAUCCCCGACGAGGCGACGGUGUACGCGCCGUCCGGCGACAGCUACGUGUUGGUGUACGCCGCCGAAGCUCUGCACGAGUGA